UCUUUCGGAGCACGUGCUUUACUCUCUUCCUACCGGCGAGCUCCAACAGUAAGGCGUAUGACGCCGUGCUGAACGUUCUGUGAAAGUCAUCGAAGCGAUAAAUACAUUACGCCAAGCACAAAUACAUCACUCGCACUGUAUCGUGCGAUGCAUAGUGUCAUUUCUUCUACGAAAAGCAGUCAUCUAUCAUCUAGUUAUCCUAUCUGGCGUGUAUCAAAGGAGGGCAUAAUCUGAGAGAAACUAUACCUGCUGAUGACCGCGAGAUCUACAGGUAGAUUAGAUCACCGAAAACUUGGUGGGAAAUAUGGAAAUUCUGGGUGUAAAAUUCGCGCCGUUAAAUAUACCUCUGCAAAGAAGGCUGCAGACCUUGGCGGUUGCGACAUGGAUUUUUAUCUUUGCUUUCGGCGAUUUUUUGGGAUACAUUCUCACGGCCUAUCUUCUACUCUACACGCAAACAAUACGUUACUUCGUGCUACUGUAUUUACUCUGGAUGUAUUACGAUUGGGACACUUGCAAUCGUGGUGGCAGAAGUGAUUCGUUGACAAAGAGGAUGAGAAAUGGCGCAUUUUGGCGUUACUUUUGCAAUUAUUUUCCCUUGAAGUUAGUGAAAACAGUGGAUCUGGACCCAACAAAGUCUUAUCUUUUCAUCUCCGUACCCCAUGGAAUUUUAUCGAUGGGAGUUAUUGGUUCAUUCGGAACGGACGUACUGGGAUGUAAGAAGCUAUUUCCCGGAUUGGAUAUACGUACAAUUACUCUCGAUCAACAUUUCAAAAUACCUCUAUUCAGAGAAUGUCCUUAUUUGUUAGACGAUGAUUCUCGAACGCGUACAGGUGGCUGCGCUGCUAAUGCGAAAAGUAUCGAGUAUUUAUUAUCAACACCGCCAAAGAGCCCAUAUACCGGAAGAGCUACAAUACUUGUCAUCGGCGGCGCUUCUGAAUCCAUGGAAUCGAUGCCAGGCACUUACCGUACCAUCGUAAAAAGGAGAAAGGGCUUCGUGAAACUUGCCUUAAAACAUGGCACGUCGAUAGUUCCUGUUUUUUCUUUUGGCGAAACGGAUUUAUACGAUCAAGUAUACGGUCCAGAAGGAUCGACUUUAAGACGUAUCCAGAACUAUAUUCGCAAUUUCAUAGGAUUGGCGCCCAUCAUUUUUUCGGGUAGAGGAUUCUUCCAGUAUUCGUUUGGUCUUAUUCCGAAGAGAUUACCCGUCACCGUAGUCGUUGGCAAUCCGAUCGAGCUGCCGAAAAUAGAGGUACCCACAACUGAGCAAAUCGACAAAUAUCACAAAAAAUUCAUGGAACACUUGACUGAGCUCUUCGAGACACAAAAACACAAUUACAUAAAGAAUGCGGAAACAGCUACUCUCGAAGUCAACUUAUGACACGCAUUCGAUCGGAUAACAUCAUCUAAAUUGUAAAUUUAGUGCUUUAUUGAAAUUCUCUCGGACUAAUUGUCAUUUUCUUAAAACUUUAAAAUAUUUCGGAAAAA